AUGACUUCACAGAAAAUAAACUACAGCCAUUUGUUUACUUUUGCAAUCACCUUCUAUGUGGAAAUAGCAGCAGGAAUCUUAGAAAAUGGAUUCAUAGCACUAGUGAAUAUCAUGGACUGGGUCAAGAGAAGAAGGAUCUCUACAGUGGAUGAGAUUCUCACUGCUGUGGCCCUAACCAGACUCAUUUUUGUGUGCUCUAUGCUCAUUUGUAUACUUUUAUUCAUACUGCGCCCACAUUUGAAUAUGAGAUCAGAAUUGCUUACAGCAAUGAGUAUUAUCUGGGUAGUGAACAACCAUUUCAGCAUCUGGCUUGCUACAUGCCUUGGUGUCUUUUAUUUUCUCAAGAUAGCCAAUUUUUCUAACUCCAUUUUUCUUUACUUAAAGUGGAAAGCUAAAAAAGUGGUCUUAAUGGUAAUACUAGUAUCACUGAUUUUCUUAACUUUAAACAUUUUAUCUUUAGAGAUGUAUGAUCAGUUAUCAAUUGAUGUUUAUGAAGGAAAUAUGUCAUAUAGCUUGAGGGAUUCAACACAGUUUCUCAGAAAUUUCUUAUUUACCAACUCAUCUAAAAUGUUGUUAAUCACCACCUCAUCCCACGUUUUCUUACCCAUCAACUCCCUGUUCAUGCUCAUACCCUUCUCAGUGUCCGUGGUAGCUUUUCUCCUGCUCAUCUACUCACUGUGGAAGCAUCACAAGAAGAUGCAGGUCAAUGCCAAACGACCUAGAGAUGCUAGUACCAUGGCACACAUGAAAGCCUUGCAAACUGGGUUCUCUUUCCUACUGCUGUAUGCAAUAUACUUACUUUUCAUUAUAAUAGGAAUUUUUAACCUUGGAUUGAUGACAAAAAUAGUAAUACUUUUAUUUGACCACAUUUCUGGAAUAUUUUUUCCUAUAAGCCACUCAUUUGUGCUGAUUCUGGGAAACAGGAAGCUGAGACAAGCCUCUCUUUCUGUGCUGUCUUGUCUGAGGUGCCAGACCAAAGUUAUGGACUCCUUGGGUCCCAAAUAA